CAAAAGCUCAAGUCGUAAAUAAGGUCCAACGACAGCUUAGACCCGAGCCGUAUUUCCCCGAGUUUUUAAAAUCGGGGGCUAUUGACUAAGAAGAUUUGUUCCCGCGAAAUUGGUCGAUUUUCCUGCUAAAUUGAUAGAUUCUCCAUUUUAAUUGUUAUUUGGAGAAACCCUGCAAAAUUCAUUCCCUGACAGUGGAGAUAUUUUCCAGGAACCGGACACGGAUUGACCUACAGCUCUCAUCGGCUAGCACCACGCGACCCUGGACCAGGCGCUAAACGCAGACGGGUCAGCGCAUCCUCGUCAGAUUCAGGAGUAGAAGAUAACAAAUACCCUCGUCUGGAACUAAAUGAUGAAGAGCAAAGAAUGGCAUCUAAAGAAGGAAUGAGCUUUCCUAAAUAUUACCCACUCACUAGAGAGGAGGAACGAAACCUAAAGAAGAUACGCCGGAAGAUCCGGAACAAGCUUUCCGCUCAGGAUAGCCGGAAAAGGAAACGAGAAUACCUUGAUAACAUGGAGGAUAGGGUCAAAAUAUGCUCAGAUGAAAACCAGGAACUUAAGGAUAAAAUCAAGGCUCUAGAGACACAAAACAAGACGCUUGCCGCCCAGCUGCGCCGUCUCCAUCAGAUUGUUGUGAAUGGUGGAAUGCGGCAGGGUCAGACUAGUACCGCGCUCAUGGUUCUACUCCUCUCCACAGCUCUCUUCCUCAUACCUGGAGUCAGAGAUCAGAAUGAGGGCAAGGCUGAGAUAGAUAUCCAAGCAGCGGUAAAGAUGCCUCCGAUGCCGGGACAGUCUAGAUCCCUCCUACAGUUCCCCGACCCCAUGGACAGAAACAACGACAUUGCCGACUUGGCGGACUUCGAGGAGGAGGUAAAGUCUGAGCCUGGGAUGGAUGGAGGAAAGGAGAUGAACUCCAGAAUGCACACGGAUCACGACUACACGGCUCUCUACCCGGGAAUGAAAACUGAACCUGGUAGAGCCUGGAUUGAUGAGGAUGCUCCGCCAUUGGGGUACGGUAGUGCGUUGAAACUUGAGGAGGAUGAGGAUGAUGACGAGGUGGUGGUGGACCGGCACAUGAACGUCAACGUGAGCAGCUCGGGACAAGGAACUAGAACGGUUGUUCUUCAGAUACCCAAGGAUAUAAAAUAGAGUUUGUUUGUUUUCCUCUGGAGGUGGUGGUUUGAAGAUACCUUUACUGUACUGUACUGCAUACAGCCAGGAACAUCAUUGUUUGUUACAUAAAUUCGCUGUACAUACACUCUUCUCAAAUCUGUCUGUUUGAAGCCCUUCGGGGAUUUUUGCUGCAAGUGACACCGAAAUUUUGCUCUAGUUAUGGAAGGCCCGCUGUAAUUUACUGUACAAAUAAAUCAAUGUACUUAUUGUACUGUUGUUCAACGUUUGUUGUGAACACACAAUUGUCUUCAAGAGUAAAAAUAAAAACAAGAAAACACCGGGCUCGCAUUUCAAGUUUGCCGAUGCAAACUUAUAUAUAUAUAUAUAUAUAUAUAUUAACACCUUUAUAUAGAUAUUUAAAUAUAUUUACGAAUUGUAAAUACACAGCUUUUCCUAGAUGUGUGGUAAAUAAUAAACUUUUCCCAGUGAUACAUCAUCAAACUUUUUAUCAUCUUGAGGAUAAUUUUUUCACCUAACUGGGAAGGGUUUAUGAAAAAUAUUUAUAGAUAUAAGAAUUUAAAUCAACUCAGAUGUAGUUUUUUUACUGCACUUUGUUCAAAUUGUUAAUAUUGAACAUAAUUUAAGAUUUCUGAACAGCUGAAGGUCGUGAACAUAUGUUCAAAGUUGUCCCACUGCACUGUUCAUGAAUGAUGUAACCUGUUCCUGAAGUUCGUUAAAUAAUAUUUUGAUUUAAUAUUUAUUUAUUGUUAAAAAGCUGUGAUAAAGCUGAGCUACUAGACCUACCGCUUCGUCUGGUGAUUUAUUUAAAUUUUUGCUUUUUUAAAAUAUUAAAUGUAAAUAAAUGGUUUCUAUGUUUAAA